CCCGCCGUAGCCAAUCAGCGCAGAAAGCUGCGGUUCUGUGGCGCGUAGACGGCUCGCGGAGCAGGCGUCUGCUUCCGGCCGGGCUGAGUGAGAGUGGCUGCAUACGUUGAAGGACACAACCUGCAGUACUUCUACCUUUUGGAAGGUCAGAAUCAUGGCUGGCCCAGAAUCCGAUGCCCAGUUCCAGUUCACUGGUAUUAAAAAGUAUUUCAACUCUUACACUCUUACAGGUAGAAUGAAUUGUGUGCUGGCUACAUAUGGAGGAAUUGCAUUGCUGGUCUUAUACUUCAAAUUAAAGUCUAAGAAAACUCCUGCUGUGAAAGCAGCAUAAAUGAAUUGUAAACUGUACCUCACCUGCUCAGUUCCCAUUGCCUGGCGAAGCUAACAGCAACUCAUGUGAUAAUUUGUACAAUAAAUUAUGAACCUGGAAAA